AUGGGGGGCUGGACCACCUUCUUGCUGACCUACCUCUUGGGUGGCGUCACCUUCCUUCCUCUUCUUGUCCUUACGAUAUUUCUGCAUGCCCACUUCACCUUACCUCGUCGACAAGAUGCCGAUCUAAGCGGGGACACUGGAGCGGACGAUCUCGUCCAGCCGGGCGACGACCUCGCGCCUCUGCAGGCUGCUCAGAAAGAAACGAAGGAACAGGCAAAGUCCAAGGCCGCCAGUCUCCACGAUGCAGAGACUGCAGCCGGCUACUUCGCCGUCUGCCGAGAGUACACGCCCAUGGGCAUCAAUGCCAAGCCCAUCGAACGAUCAACGCCUGUUGGCUCCACGACAGUAGCAGCUCCCAGUCAGAGCGUGUAUCAGACUAUGUAUCGGAGCAUAUUCGACAGAAAGCAGAACCCAGGCCCCUUAGACAACGGCAAGAGUGUUAGCCUGCGGCCAAAGAAGGCUGGAAAUGUCUUCUAUGUGGUGUUGAGACAUGGCCAUCUCAUGCUAUUCGAUGACGACGAGCAACUCGAAGUCCGACAUGUCAUAUCUCUGACCCACCACGAUGUCAGUAUAUAUUCCGGUGGCGACGUGACACCGGAAGGGGAGCUUUUCAUCAAAAGGAAUGCUAUUUGUCUCUCGCGACGGACUGUUGUCCCCUCAGAGUUGCCGCCGGAUAGCCAGAUUUCCAAGCCAUUCUAUCUCUUCUCGGAAAACUGCUCUGCGAAGGAGGACUUCUACUUCGCCCUGCUGCGAAAUCAGGAACAGGCAUUCCCCACAGGGGAGAGAGCGGCUCGGCCACUAACUUUCGACGUCAAGAACGUCAUCUCUUUGGUGCAGAAACUCCAUUCGUCCGAGGAGCACCUACAGAGCAGAUGGCUGAAUGCUAUGAUCGGGAGGCUCUUCCUAGGACUUUAUAAGACUGCGGACAUUGAAGCCUUCAUCCGAGAGAAGCUGACCAAAAAGAUCAGCCGGGUCAAGCGCCCUGCCUUCUUGUCCAGCAUCGAGAUUCGCAAGAUCGAUACCGGGGAGUCCGCUCCCUUCUUUACAAACCUCCGUCACAGAGACCUAACGGUUGAAGGAGAAUGCUGUAUGGAAGCCGAUGUGAAGUACACGGGUAAUUUCCGGAUCGAGGUUGCUGCUGUUGCUCGACUUGACCUUGGAGCCCGGCUCAAGGCUCGUGAGGUCAACUUGGUCCUGUCCGUCGCGCUGCGGAAGAUGGAAGGCCACUUGCUUUUCAAGAUCAAGCCACCCCCAAGCAACCGGGUGUGGUUUUCCUUCUCACAGAUGCCCAAGAUGGAAAUGACCAUCGAACCUAUUGUGAGCUCCAGACAGAUCACGUACACCGUGAUUCUUCGGCAGAUUGAAGCUCGCAUCAAAGAGGUCGUCGCCGAGACACUCGUCCUGCCAUUCUGGGACGACACCCCGUUCUUCAAGACCGAGCAUAAGAGAUGGAGAGGGGGCAUUUUUGAAGGGGACGAUGCCGUGGAGCCAUCCUUGGACCCGGAGACCACAGCAGCACAGGUCGGAGAAGUCGACGAUGUGGAGACUUUGGACACCGGGACGCCUCCAAACUCUGAGCUGCCGCCGAUGGAGAAGAGUCAGAGCAUGCCUGUGAUCGAGCCUAUGCAAACGUCACCAUCGACCAGCCUAUUUGGGCUCAAGCUGGGCAGAGGCAGCAAAGCCCCGCAGACCAAUCCAUCUUCCCCUACAGUGGACAGUAUAGAGCCUAAGCACAUAAAGGCGGACGCCUCGUCUACAAGCAUCGACGUCAAAAAAGAGACGCAGGCGAAACAGCGUCCUGUCAGGUCUGGCUCUUUUGUUGGGGAGCCAAUCCCAAUUGUUUCAACCGAAACCGUGAAUGCUGAUGUAUUCAAGCCUUCGUCCCCACCAGGAGAAAGCUCAGCAGCUACUGCUAUGGCCAGACUUUCGUCCAGAUCGAAGGCUGCUUCUGGCUCGGGCUCGCCCCUCGCGUCUCCGCACAGAGACUCGAUAAUAUCGAUCGCCUCCGGGCAUUCCAACACCUCAUCCAAAGAGAAUACGGACAAGGAAACAGAUCAAGAGGAGACGCCCAAGCUGCCGCGCCGGGGUACCGCAUCUUCGACCAACAGCAACCCGGGCGAGGGCAGCUCUGGGACUGGUGGCUCCCCGACCCCAUCUGUCAAAUCUUCGAAGACGAAUACCGGAUCGCUGACGCGUGGGCUCUUUCUGAAAAGGGAGAAUACCACGGAUUCUGCGUCCACAACCGCGACAGGGAAUUCCAAUACGGAUUCGACCAAGCGGAUCCCGACCAGUCUCGCUGCUGUCUCUAGCGCGGCUGGGGCGGCGCGACGAUGGGGUCUGAACGCCCUACAGCGUCACGGAAACGACCCGGUAAAGAAUGGACAUGGAGGAGAGGUAGAGCCUCAACUUGACCUGAGCAAGCCGAUGGGCGGAGGCAGACCGCUCCCUCCUCCCGGAAUUCCUCUACCCAUGCCGGAUAAGAAGACAAAGACAGCAAUACCAGUGCCCAGAAGGAAACCGGUAGCUGCCCCUCCGCUGCCUGAGCGGGCAUCUGUUGAUGCGAAAGCCCAGGACACGAAGCGGCGACCCGUUCCACCGCCUCCGUUGCCUAAGCGGCGGCGGCGCACAGAUGAGGACAUGCAUGGACAGGGUGAGGACAUGCUCGUGGUCGAGGCUCCCAUCGCCGACUCGGAACCAACAAGCCCGCUACCUGAUGAGGCAGAUGCAUAUCGGCAUCCUUAUGUAGAAGACGCGGAGGAAGAUUUGGACCCGUUCGUGAUGGAUGGGUCACCCGGAGAUGAUAGCAGCGGGACGCCUCCCGCCAAGCCUUCCGAAGAAAGCAAGUAUUCCUUCGGCACCUCCACUCCGCAGGGUGAAGGCGCAACCGACGACGAAUACGAGGCAUGGAUGGAGAAUACAGGAGAAGACGAGCCUCCUCCAGAAUAUGUCACCAGCGAAGGUCUCGCGCAUUAG